AUGAGUGAUGGUGUCUCCUCCUGUUGCGUCGCUGAGCCUGCCCCCUUCAUACAGUUCUCAAUUCACAAAGGUGUCUCCAUUGUAGACAAUGACCACAGUCGCCAGCUUUUGCCUCGCCGUGAAAUGAGAUUGCUCCUCUUUCUUCCCCACUUUCUGGCUGCGGGAUCUGAGAACGGCUGUGGAGGAGAUGGGGCCUGUGACCAACGAGUUUCAAAAUCCAAUAUUGAGAAACCUCCUGGGCAAAGCCCCGACUCUCUGACUGAUUUCAAGCAGCUCAACAUUAAACGCCGCGGAUCAAACUCUUCGGUCGCUGCCAAUGUCAUUCGCUUCCUUGGGCUGACGGACAGUAAGACCUUAAACAGGAGUUGUUGCAAUAAUGGUGGGACCUGCAUCUUGGGCAGCUUCUGUGCAUGUCCUCCUCCCUUCAUUGGCAGAUAUUGCGAACUGGAUGAGAGUCGCAAAAGCUGUGGCAGAUUUGUGGAUGGCCAGUGGGUGUUAAAGCAUUGUACCUGGUGUAUAUGCAGCUACGGAAAUCUUCACUGCCUAGAGGUAUUUGGAAAGGUUGAGAACUGUGAUGCAGAUGAGGAUGGGCAUCUGGAUGAAAGUUAUGAUAUGCUGACUGCUGAUGCUUCAAGGCUGCCACUAAUACAGUACCUGCUAUCUGUAUUUUGUUCUUUUGUAAUACUUGGGCUGUAAUUUUAUGACUGGAAAAUUUAUUUAACUUUUUAAAAAAAUAAUCUGCUUGGAGAGCUAUUAUUUCAUUUGAAGCUUCCCUUGUCCUGGAAGCUGGAUAUCCACCAGUACCUGGCACAGCUGACCUUCCUUAAGAAAUACCUUUAGAAGCACCUUUGCAACUCCAGGCCCAUGGAAGCACAAUACAGGCAGAUAGAUUCUAUAGAGGAGCUAGCCAAUAAAUUGUUUUGUGAAUUGAUCCCAUUCCCCAACAUGGAGCCAACUACUUCACUGAUUAUCAGUGCAGUUUGCUUUUUGUUUUGAGAUCUUCAUCCUGAUAGAGAAUGGAGCUGCAAGAAUAUUGUAUGCUUGGCUUGGGUGUGUGCUAAGUUAAUAAUUUCCUGUGCACUUCUAUGAUUUGUGUAAUGGUCAUCUACAUUUUCUGUACUGCUGUCUGAUCCUCUGUUUUAUUACAGACAAUAGUCUAGUUUUAAUAGUGCUCUUGCUCUGUAACUGGUAAUGCCUUUGACAGUUUUUAUUAGCUAUUAUUGGAUUAAAUAAAUUCUUUUAAAUAUCAGUUUUGUGAUAAAGCAUUUUUACAAUUAUGGCUCUCUUGUUCAGUGAAUCAAUAAAUGAGCUAAGUAAAAUUAUUCCAUAAUCUUCCAUUUUCCUGAUCUUUCUCCAUUUUGCAAUUGUUUGUGACUGACAGCAGAGACCCCCACAGAUGCCUUGAUUACUCUACCCCUCACCAUGUCUGCGGUAAGGACUACUUCUUUCUCCAAGCUGUUUCUGAUCUAUAAACCUUUUCGCACAACUGAGUUUCUUCCUGCACACUGAGUUUCCUUGCUAUAAUUUAGAAUAUUUGUGUAGCCUCUUUCCCACGUGUCUGCUCUCAAUCUCCCUGCCCAAUUAGUCCUAGGAUAGUUCCUCUAGUUCUCAUUUUCUGUCCCCACCAUCCUUUGCAUUCAGUGAAUAAUUGCUUACAACUUCCAACACUUUUAACAAGAUUCCGGCACUAGACAUGUCUUUCCUUUCAGUGUUCUGCAGAGAUCAUUCCCUUUGUGACUUCUUGAUGUGCUUCUCCACCAAUCACUCCUUUUCAAUUAUCUUUGUUUUGGGUUCAGGAACCAUCAUUGUCCUCUGGAUUGCAACAGUUCACCUGUUCUUCCAAUCAGUAUUUGAAAAGUGUUGUGGAGAUCUCUACAAUGGAGAAACCAAAUACAGAUUGGGUGACCAUUGGCUGUAACACCUAAGUUUCCUAUUGCCUGUCACUUUAAUUUUAUGAUUACAUCUACUGUUAGCUUAAGGAUCACCUCAUCUUCCUGGGCAGGAUGUAGCAUUUGACUCAAUAUUGAAUUUAAACAUUUCAGGUAGUUUGCUGUUUGAUUGAAUCAGAAUUGGAUAUUUGUUUUCAUUAUAGAUCUGUAACUUUUGAUCAGCUUUUCUGUCCCACUACUUACUGCUUUUCUUGAAACAGAACACAUGAAGGCUACUUUGCAAUUCCUCUUGAACUUUUUGUAACUUGUAAUAUUUUUGUCCUGUACUGUAGUCACAAAGCAGUAAACUUCAGGACAUGUGUUAGU